AUGGGAGAGCUCACCGUCAUGGCACCGCGUGCCGACACGUGGCACCAAGCUGCCACUGAACCCCAGCACCCGCUUCCUGGGAGCCAGGACCGGGGCAAGCAGGGAGGCACAAAGCGCACCCCAGAGCUCACGGCUGGGGAGCCACGGUGGCCCCUUGCGCUGGAGAAGGGGCAAAACAGAUUCCUGCCAGCUCAGGAGGAAGACGCUGGUCGCUCGAGUCGCGCAGCCAAGCAGCACGAGACGGAGCGCGAGGUGGUCCUGGCCCGGGGACGAGCGCUGGAAGCAUCUCAGGAUGCUGAGAUGACGCUGCCAGGUUUGAAAAACCAGAAGAUGUCCAGGGAAGCUGUCAGUGUCCUGUACAUCAGGGAACGGCCGCAGUCUCUGUUCAGGGGGACAAAAACCAUCUGUGUUGACAGGAAGCGGGACAGUUUUCAGAUUGACAGGCAGCAGUUUGAAGAGACUGUCCGAACACUGAAUAACCUCUAUGCAGAAGCUGAAAAACUUGGGGGCCAAUCCUACCUUGAAGGGUGUCUUGCCUGUCUGACUGCCUAUACCAUCUUCUUGUGCAUGGAAACGCAUUACGAAAAGGUUCUAAAGAAAAUUGCCAAGUUCAUUCAGGAACAGAAUGAGAAGAUCUAUGCUCCUCAGGGCCUCCUGCUGACAGACCCCAUUGAAAGAGGACUAAGAGUUAUUGAAAUUACCAUUUAUGAGGACAGAGGCAUGACCAGUGGAAGAUAAAACUGGGGAGUCUCGGCAGAUAGCUCAACAGUGGACUUGAUGUAUCAAAGUUCCCCUACCUCUUACUUAAGAGCAUCAUUCCUUUCUCUGCUGCCAGAUCCACGGUGCCAUCUACUACAAGGACUAACUUCCUAAAACUGCUCCGCAUGGGGUGACCUAGCUGAUCAGCAUCCAUUUUGUGGCAAACUUUUAAGCAAUGAGAUCACUUUUCAGUUUGUUUUCCUUCCCCCCCCCAAGAAAAAGCAGAAGUGGUAAAGCUAUGUACUCUUCUGAAAGAAAUGGGGCACUAAGCCCAAUGGAAGUCUAGUUUUAAUCACGUAAGUGCAGUGCUGUUCCUCCCUGGUUCUUAAAUGCUUCUGUACAUCAGUCAUGCUUUGGAAAGCU